AUGGUACCGGUCCUGCCCAGUCGGCCGGCCAGUGCUCUGGAACCCAAGCCCCCUCCCAUGCAGAUCCCGACGGAGGCGGCUUGUUCUGAAGCCGACGCAGUAUGGGGCUCUGCACACAUUUUCCAGCAGAACCCAUACCCAGGCAUUGCCACCAGAGAACGACUGGCCCGAGAGCUAGACAUUCCACAAUCCAGGAUCCAGGUGUUGUUCAAGAACCAGCGCACGACACAGCUAAGGCAGAGCCAAUUGGGGUCGGCCAAAUCCCAAGGGGAACGGCAACCACAGGAAGGCAGGAGGAAACGGACAUCCAUUUCUCCAUCCCAAACCAGUAUCCUCCUUCAAGCCUUUGAGAAGAACUGCUUUCCAAGCAUUGCUACCAGGGACCACAUGGCCAGACUCACAGGUCUUCUAGAAUCCCGCAUUCAGGUCUGGUUCCAGAACAGAAGAGCUCGCACCCAGGGC